UUAAGGUUGUCGCAGAUAUCUCUCACGCAAUUGCGUAUUUGGGGUUUUCCUUUUGCUGUUCAAAGUGCAAGAAACCGGAUAUGUUUUUACCUCGAAGGAGUUUUAGAUACGCCCGUCUACUACAAGAUGGCAUGGGUUGUUAUGAUGGUUCAGCAGGAAACGUGUGUCAAGAUUGGUCGUGGUUCUAGCUUGUAUUGGAUGGUGGAUAUACCUUCGUACUUCAUCUUUUCACAUAACAGUCAAUCGUAUUCCGGGACCCAAAAGCUUACCAUUUAUUGGGAAUACUUUCGAAAUAGCUGGAAGACUUGAAGAUUUAUUCCACGUCUUGCACGAGAAAUGGCCACAAGAGUACGGAGGAAUUUAUCGAUUUUUUGUUGGUACACACUGCUACGUCCUGGUUUCAUCACCAGAAUUUAUGGAGGUAAGUCUUUGACUGUUUUAAGCAGCCAAAAGACAAUCGACAAGGGUUCGUCGUACGACCAACUAGUCCCGUGGCUAGGGCAAGGGCUUCUUAUUAGUCCCGGGGAUCUGUGGAGAUCACGUCGCAAAAUGCUGACGCCAGCAUUUCAUUUUUCUAUUUUGAGUAACUUCAUCGAAGUCUUCAAUGAACAAAGCCGCAUUCUUUGCGGAAUUCUUGACGCUAUUUGCGCUUCCUUUGCGGGAGGAAAAGCAGAAAUAGAUGUCUACCCGUAUCUCACAAAAUGUUCCCUGGAUAUUAUUUGUGAAGCUGCAAUGGGUACAAGAAUAAACGCGCAGACUGAAGAUUCUGAUUACGUCAAUGCAAUUUAUAGAAUUGGGAAGCUAUUGAUAGAACAAUUCCAAAAUCCCUUCAUGAGAAAUCCGACCAUUUUCUCAUUUACGGCUUUAGGAAGGGAACACGAUCAACUACUGAAAAUUCUUCACGGAUUCACUGAGAACGUGAUCCAAAACAGGCGAAAAAUCUUAGACCAAAAAGUCAAUGACGAAAGUGAACAUGGGUCAACUGGAAUAAAAAAUCGGCUGCCGCUUCUCGAUUUGUUACUUAAGGCUUCAAAUGAUGGCAAGGUCCUUUCUCCGCAGGACAUCCGGAAUGAAAUUGAUACUUUUAUGUUUGCGGGGCAUGACACAACAUCUUCGUUGCUCGGAUGGUUUUUGUACUCCAUGGCAGCCAAUCCGGAUUGCCAAGAGAAGGUGUGGAAUGAACUUCAAAGCACAUUCGGAGAUUCGGAAAGAAAUUUUAAUCAAGAGGAUAUUCCUAAUCUGAAAUUCUUUGAAUGCUGCAUCAAGGAAACUCUGAGAAUGUAUCCUAGUGCCCCAGGGUUUGAAAGAACUGUCGUGGAAGAUAUCCAGCUUGGCGAAUAUUUGGUACCAGCCGGAUGUACUCUAGGAUUUUUGGUUUUCGCAGCACAUCGAAACCCAAAAUUCUUUCCGGACCCUUUGAUUUUCAAUCCAGAACGAUUUUUUCCGGAUGAAGCAAUCGGACGGCAUCCAUAUGCUUACGUGCCAUUUAGUGCUGGACCUCGCAAUUGCAUAGGACAAAAAUUUGCGCUGUUAGAGAGCAAGACAGUUCUGUCUACGCUUCUAAGACGUUUCAAAUUUGAAAUUGCACCCAACGCCAAGCCACCUAUUUUAUCCGAUCAGUUAACUCUAAAAUCGAUAAAUGGGAUAAAGUUACUUGUAUCCCGUCGUUGAAACAUGGUUUGUGGAGAAAUUAUGUAUACGAAUGGUAGGGUGUGCGUUGUUCUGUUAUGCACCAGAAGUAACACAAAAUACCUUAAAUAUUUUACAGCAAUUAAGUUUUACUAAGACGGUGUUCCGUGUAGCAGACUAAAAUUUUUGAUUGAAUGUUCAAUAUUCAACGAACAGGUCUCUUUUUCAAGUAGAUUCUGGUAGAAUUAUGGCAAUUGCUGGAAUGCUUUUUUGCUUGAAAUUUAAGCUUCACGUUUUAUUUUUAUACAAAUCUAUACACUGUUAAUGCUA